CAUCUAUUUAACAAGAAUCAAUCCUCGACCGGGUACCUUCUCGGCGGCGAGUUAACCCUCUUUCCCCGGAGGAAAGAAACGCCAUCACUUCACCACCUCCGGCCAGAUCUACAUCCCACCCGCAACGCUAAAUCCCAUUAGACACGCCUAUGCAUACCCCGAUAUUGACAUUUUUGGUCAUUCCGUCACCCACCAACCGCAUCUCCGACCAUUCCAAAUCCUAGUUUAGAAAUCCACGGGAGCGAAAAGAAUACGACGGCCAAUAUAACGCAAAAAAAAGAACAGGCCUAACUACGGCCCAACACCCUCCGAGCAAACAAAUCCCCAAACUCGCUCACGCUAUACAAGAGUACCGCUCCUCCGAAGGAUGUUGCUUUACAGCAAUGGGUAAUCAUCUGGAACCACGGUCUCGGCAAAAAUGCUAUGCAGGUCCCAUCGUCUCGGGCCUGGUAUCCAGAUUGAUCGGCGGUGCUAUAUUUUUCCGCCAAGGAUAUUCUCGCGAGCUUGUCUUCAUGGGAACAUACGCUUGUGUGUGCUGUACCUCUCCUCGUGAAGGCCCUUGCAAGUGGUUUGGUACGCUGUUGUAG